GGCGGGAGCGGCGGGCUGCUAGCCAGGGGCCCCUGCUGCGGCCGGCGGGGUUGACGUGCUGCCGGCGGAGGGUCCUGCCCGCGGGUACGCCUCUCCCAUCAGUCCCUGAGGGUGGCUCCGUGAAGGAACAAAUACCUCAAUCCAAAACCGGGACCUUCAAAGCCUGCCUUCAGCUGCCUCUCCAUCUGGAAGCACCCGCAGCCCUCUGCAAGAUGCUUCCAGCAUUGCUUAAGCUUGACGAGGCUCAACAGCAAAGCCCCAGACUUGCCUGUGAGCCUUGUUGGGAUCCAUACACCAUGCGUUUUCUCUGUGGCCUGAGGUGUGCUGCCCUUUACAAGACACAGUUGCGGCAGAUGCCCUGCUCUCUCCUCCCCUUGUACCAGUUUGGCGAGCUAUGGAGAGCAGUGCUGGUUCUGAGUGAGGGAGGUUCAGGUCCCCUCUGCCAAACAUGCUUCAGCGCUGUAGCCAAGCUGCUGCCCAAAGGUGGCCUUGGGCGUUUGGCAACCCCCCCUGCAGCAGGUCCUGUUGUUGUGGUGAACUUGGUCCCAAGUUGAAGCAUACAAGUCCUGUUGGUGAGGAACUCAGAUGAGCGGUUUUUGGCCUAGCAAAUACAUGAAUGUAUAUAUGAUCUCUGCGAAACUUGUGGGUAUAAUUCUUUUUUUAAGGUGUGUCUGUUGUUAAGGAUGGUGUCUUUUGUAUGCUAGAGGCUUGUGAUAACUCUUGAAUGAAACAAAUUUUUAGCCGGAGGUCCCUUGCUUUUGGAAAAUUGUGUUUUGCUUGUCUGGAAUUCCCCUGUGCUUUAUGCUGGAUACAUUAUUCGACAUCCUCUGUUGUAAUAUGUUCUGUAGUGUUUAAAGGUUGUUGCUUGCUUUCUGCUGGGGGCUGUGUUUCAGUGAUGGGUGAAGCGAUGCUUCUAAUAGGUAGUGUUGUAUCUUUUUGUCAGGUACUUUGGGAUUGUUAUAUGAAAGACUAUGUAAGUGUCAUUUCUUAUUACGAAUGCCUCUCAUGUUUUGGAAUUUAACAGACAUAAUAUUUGCCAUCAUGUCGUCAUCAUCACAUUCAUUUUUUAAGUUAUAAUCAAAGGUGGCAACAAUGGCAUUCAGAUGCUUAAUUACAUUUCACAUAGGUGACUAUUGCUAACUUACUAAAUUAAUGCAUGGUGGAGCAGGAACAAGUGUCAAUGCUUCCCUCUGUGGUUAGGGAACCGUCAGCUUGCUCCUCAUAUAUGAAAAUCAGUAUAUAGUGAAGCAUAUGGCACCAUCGAGUUUAUUAAAGGACUAUUUCUCUGAACAUUCUGUGGGUUUUAUUUCUUAUUUCACUUGAUGUAGAUCUAAAAUAUUUUUUCCAUCUUUCAAAACUUGAAAUACUGAACAAGGUUAAUUUUUUUUAGUAAGCUGAAACCAGGACUUCUUAAGGUUUCAUGAAAACAAAGAAAGGAGACUUCUGACUGCAUCAGACUGGCCACCUGUCUGGUAGGAGGAGGAUUAGAAAUCCAUCUAGUUUGUGGAAACGUAAGGUUCAAGUCCCUGGUUUGAUUCGGAGCAGUUUUGAACUUAGAUCUUUUGUAUUUCUGGAGAAUAUACAAGUCAUUGCAUUACCAGCUGUAUUGGAAGGGAAAGGAAGUAUCCCACCCCCCUAGUUCUAAACAAAACUUUAAUCUUUUUCUCAGAACUGGUAGGAUAGGUUUUCUGCUUUAACAUAAUUUUCUGGUCACAAUUUAAAAAGUUUCCUCACAAUUUUCUAAGUAGUGGCCAUGUCUUUGGUCUGAUAGUAAUAUGUAUGUGGGUAAUAAUCCAAGAAAGGCAUUUUGUGCUAGCAAUGGCUGGGAUAUGUUUCAGAAGUAUUUAACUACUUGGAUAAGAAGAAGAAAGUAAGAAGAAAGACCACCACCUCUCUUAUAUGACAGUUUUAAGUAAAUCACAGUUUUUCAGUUGGAUCUCAGAAGCAUGUAGGAUCACUCUUCUCAAAGAUAUUCUGAAACCUUAGUUUUGCGUGGAGCCAAAGCCACAGAGUUUUUCCUGAAGUUACUUCUGUGGAGGAGGGGGGACCAAAGAAGAACGAACUACUGUGAUAUCACAUUCAGACAAGACAAAACAGUGGCAGGGUUCUGUCCAGUUCUUGUGAAGACUGAAGAUUCAGCAAUACCUGGAAAGAAAGCAGAAGGAUAUGCAGGAGACCUGACAGCCUUGUCACCUUGUGUGUGUUGGUUGUUCCUGCUGCUUCACUAUUGUAUCCGGCCGAGGAUUCUUUUAGAAUCUGAUUAUUUUUUUCCCUUUUGUUGAAGAAAAAUGCCUUUCUUGAGAGGAAAAGCACAGACUGUCUUGGGCCCUGUGGAGCCAGACUGCCUUGGCUACACGUUGACUCAUGAACACUUGACUAUGAACUACAGCGGCUGUUAUUGUCCACCUUCUCCAGGCCAAGAGCCUCUGUCUGAUGCGCCCAUUGAGAUGAAGAACUUGUUUUGGAUUAAGCAAAAUCCCUACAGCCAUAAAGAAAACCUUCUUUUGUAUCAGGAAACAGAUGCCGUGAAGGAGGAGCUGUUGCAUUUUAAAGCAGCAGGCGGUGGGACGAUUGUGGAAAACACAACCACAGGAAUUGGUCGGGAUAUGAAUACUUUGAAGAAACUUGCUGAAGAAACUGGAGUCCAUAUUAUUUCUGGGGCUGGGUUUUAUGUGGAUUCCACUCAUUCUUCUCAAACACAGGCCAUGACAGUGGAGCAGCUUACAGGCAUUAUUGUUCAUGAGAUACUCAAUGGAGCAGAUGGGACUAACAUCAAGUGUGGUGUGGUGGGAGAAAUAGGUUGCUCCUGGCCUUUGACUCAGAGUGAACACAGAGUGCUUCAGGCAACAGCACAGGCUCAGUCACAGCUUGGGUGCCCCGUUAUCAUCCAUCCUGGCAGGAACAGCGAUGCACCUUUCCAGAUUAUCCGCAUUCUGCAGGAAGCUGGGGCCGAUGUUUCAAAAACAGUCAUGUCUCACCUCGACAGGACUAUAUUUGAUACAAAGGAACUUCUGGAAUUUGCUAAACUUGGAUGCUAUUUAGAGUAUGACCUAUUUGGUACAGAAUUUCUUCAUUACCAGUUCCAUCCUGAUAUUGACAUGCCGAGCGACAGUGAAAGAGUUGCAAGGAUUCGUAUGCUGAUCGAUGAAGGCUAUGAAGACAGAAUUCUGAUUGCUCAUGAUGUGCACACUAAGAAUAGGUUGAUGAAAUAUGGAGGUCAUGGAUAUUCACAUAUCCUUAAAAAUAUAGUUCCUAAAAUGCUAAUUAGAGGCAUAUCCCAAGAUAAAAUUGAUAAAAUACUCCUAGCAAAUCCAAAGCGGUGGUUGACUUUUAAGUAGGAAUGAUGAGUAAAUAUUCCUAUUUUAUAGGGAAGCUUGAUAAAAUUCAGAUUUGUUUCAGGAGAGCACUCAUUUUAAAACUUGGUUCUUUUCAGAGAAACUGGAAGUUAUUAAUUAGAUGCGAACAAACUGAUUAUGACUUUUCUUUUUAAUUAGAAUGACAAAAUUAUGUAUUCUCUCUGCAUUUUGUCCUUUCUAAAAGUCUGUUCAUGAAUGAUUUACUGGGUAUGAGCCUACCUGCAAAGUCUUUUAAAUUGAAAUUUUAAGAAGUUUUCUAGAGAGUAAUCUAAUACUAUUAUUAGAUGUUACCCAAAAAUAUUUUUGAAGAUGCAUCAUCUGGAC